CUUUGUCCUAAAUGAAACAUGAAGAAUCAAAACAUUUCUUACUUUUUGCUUCUGGAAUUCUCAAAAAAUCAGCAUAUACAAUUUUUACAUUUUUUCUUGUUCUUUGUAUUAUAUCUGGCAACUGUAGCAACAAAUCUUCUUAUCAUCACUGCAGUAGCUUUUGAUCAUCAACUGCAUAGCCCCAUGUACUUCUUUUUAAUGAAUUUGGCUCUACAAGACAUAGGUUCUGUUUCAAUCAUUGUGCCCAAAUCCAUGAUCAAUUCCCUCAUGAACACCAGACAAAUCUCUUACUUUGGUUGUACUGCUCAAAUCUUUCUCUUUCUCUCCUUUGGAGCUUCUGAUUUGUUCCUCCUGACGGUCAUGGCAUAUGAUCGGUAUGUUGCCAUUUGUCAUCCAUUGCACUAUGAGAUGAUGAUGAAUUUGAAAGCCUGCACCAGAAUAAUAAUUCUAGUGUGGAUUAUAAGUCUACUCUAUGGAAUGUUACAUACCACUGGCACCUUUUCAAUCCUUUUUUGUUCUAAUGUUGUCAACCAAUUUUUCUGUGAAAUUCCACAAUUACUAAAACUAUCCUGCUUUGGUUUCAAUCUAUUUGAGGUUGGAAUUCUUGUGGCCAGUGUCAUUGCUGGACUAGGUUGUUUUACUUUUAUAAUUAUAUCUUAUGCUAUGAUCUUUAAGGCAGUGGUAAAAAUCCCUUCUGAACAAGGUAGGCAAAAAGCCUUAUCCACUUGUCUCCCUCACCUUAUUGUAGUAUCUAUGUUAUUGUUAACUGGAAGCUUUGCCUAUCUGAGAACUCCCUCUGACACCCCAUCUUACUUGGAUUUUGGGUUGACUGUUCUGUAUUCUCUUCUUCCACCUCUGUUCAAUCCAAUCAUUUAUAGCAUGAGAAAUAGGAAUAUCAAAUAUGUGCUGUCUAAAUUGUGGAGAUUCUGA